AUGCUCAACCGCUCCAACGCCGCUGAAAUGUACGGUUUCGACGACACGGUCGACGGUUGGGGCAAGGGUCUAGAAGCGUAUCCCAACCGGACGCACUUUUUCAAGACGGCUGUCGCUGAGUACGACUACUACGAUGAAAAGGAAAAGAUAGAAUUUCUCUCAAUCAAGAGCAUCAUGAAGAAAUUGGGGCACGAUUACGUGGAUCUAAUCAAGAUGGAUAUCGAAGGGGAUGAGUUUCCAGCAUUGGAGUCUUUUCUGGGAGACUAUGCGAAAGGUGGCGAGCUUGAGGGUAAGAAGGUUCCAGUUGGUCAGAUGGUGAUUGAGAUUCAUGUGCCGGAAAAGGGACCCAAGAUCAGUCAGUUUGCGGAGUGGUGGGAAAAGAUCGAGGAGGUUGGCUUCAGGCCAGUUUGGAGCGAGGCAAAUCUUCUCGCUGUCACGUACACUUGGGUCAACACAAAAGAUAACAGAAGCAUCAUGUGGGAUAGAGAAAGCGAAGGAUCAUGA